AUGUUCAGCGGAAAGACAACCGAACUGAUUCGGAUGCAUGAUCGCUACAGAAUUGCUGGAAGGAAUUGCGUGCUUGUCAAAUACGCCGGUGACACGCGAUACGAUGCCGAGCUAAUUGUGACUCAUAAAAGAGUGACCGCAGAUGGAGCCACUCUGAUUGCGAGAACAUUGAGGGAAGUGCGAAAUCAGCUGUUUGCAAUCGACACAGAAGUAGUGGCGAUCGACGAAGGCCAAUUCGUGCGUUGA